ACGGUGACGUUCGGUGACAUCGAUUGAAACAGUUCUUAAGGAAGUAGCCGCGCUUCAAAUCAAUUGUAGAAGUCUUGCAAGAAUGUUGUGCUCGAAGCGAAAAGCAAUUUUAUUAUUUUUCACGAUGGUAUUUGCAUUUGCAGUUACACAGACCCAGUCGGUUUAUCUAAAUCAGAAACAGAAUCAGAAUAAAUUGAAUUUAGGCAAUCUCGUUAGAAACUUACUAACAAAUAUGGAACGAAGUGCAGUUUGGGAUGAAAAUUUGCAUUUUUCGCUCAUCAUUUGCGAGUUUAUAAUAAAACAAAAAGUGCGUUUUUAUGAGCCGACUCGUUUCGAAAGCCAACUAUACGAUGAGAUCUUAAAAAGAAUUGGUGCAUUUCGAGCAAAAAUUGAAUUAUUGAACGACGGAACUGGCAGAUUGGCUAAUAUAUUGCAGAAGAGCGUAAUGUUGGUUAGGCCUGUAGUUGUCGAAAACCAGAUCAACACUGAGUUGGAAUAUAAGACCCUGGAACGAAAUUAUGACAAUUUACAAGAUAUCGGAUUUCCGAACUCAACUUUUUCAGAUUUCUGCCUGCUACAUAUUAGCGCCUUGGAUAACUGUGAUUCCAUUGAAAAGGAGUGCCUCCGAGUGAUAAGUUCCAAUGCACCGUCGUACGGUUACCGGCGAAUGCAUCA